UGGAGCAUGUCACAGCCGCUCAGUGUCAGAGAGCCGCUGGCAGCUGUUGGGCCUCCGACAUGAAGCUGCUGGACGAGCGGAUGUGGACGCUGUUUAAGCGCCACUGGCAGCAGACUCUCACCUACUGGAGCGUGUUCUUCAGUUUCGGCCUGUGCAUUGCCUUCCUGGGGCCCACCGUCCUGGACCUGAGGUGUCAGACCCAGUCCACCCUGCAGCAGAUCACCUGGGUCUUCUUCUCCCAACAGCUCUUCCUGCUGGGAGGCAGCAGCCUGGGAGGACUCUUCAAGAAGACUCUCCUGUCCUCCCUGUCUGCCCUCUUCUCUUGCACUCUCAUCAUCUCACUUGUGUUCUCCUUCAUACCACUAUGUAACCAUGUGGUACUGCUGUCCGUCGCCAUGGCAAUUGCUGGUUUAGCCAUGGGUGUUAUUGACACCAUUGCCAACCUCCAGCUGGUGAAGCUGUACCAGAAGGACUCAGCCACCUUCCUGCAGGCCUUGCACUUCUUCAUAGGCCUCGGAGCACUGGUUAGUCCCCUGGUGGCGGAUCCUUUCCUGGCAGAGGACAGCUGUGUCCUGGAUGCCAAUCGGACCUCAAACUCCACGUCUCGCUCAGACCUGCAGCACCUCCGCAGCAGCCUGGCUGGACACGGAGCAUUCCCAAACAUCUCCCAGUAUCCUCUGCACACUGAGGGUGUGGUCAUCACCAGGGUGUCGUACGCUUUCUGGAUCAUGGCUCUUAUCAAUCUUCCUGUGCCAGCAGCAGUGCUUGCUCUGAUGUACCAUGAGAGACUGCUACCGUGCUCCAGAAGCAGACCACGUCUGCUGGAAAGAGACUCUUUGUCCAGUGUGAACCCAGCUGGGGACAGUGGUCAAGGUCAUGGCAGUUUGUUUGGUUGCUGUAACCCUGCCAAACUGCGGGGUCGCCCUGCUACGUUCUACAUCGUACAUGCCCUGGGUGGAGCCAUCCUCUUCAUCACUGAUGGGAUUAUAGGCUCCUACACUGGCUUCGUCUACACCUACGCAGUGUCCCCUCCUCUGCUGAUGGGCCAUAAGACCGCUGGCAGUCUGGACAGUGUAUUCUGGGCCUCCAUCACAGUAGGAAGACUGGCUUUAAUCUACCUGUCCUACAGAUACACAGCACAGAGGCUGCUCAUCUUCAGUCUGGUGGGGGUCAUACUGGUGCAGUGCCUGUUGUUGAUCUUCUACACCAGCUGUGUGUUUCUCUUCAUCGGUACCUGUGUGUUGGGACUGUGUAUCAGCAGUGUGUUCCCGUCCAUGCUGGCCUUCACAGAGGACAUUCUAGACUACAAAGGUUGUGCCACAACUGUGUUGGUAACGAGUGCCAGCACAGGAGAGAUGAUGCUGCAGCUGCUUGUUGGAUUGGUGAUCCACAGUCAGGGCAGCUACUCUUUCCUGUUGUGUUGUACAAUAGCCUCAUUCAUUGGCUUCUGUCUGUUCCUGAUGUUCCUCUAUGUCCAGCGCAGGCACACAAACUGCCACACAGGUAAACACACAGAACAUUCAUCUGAAAACACCGACAUGAAGGAGAAGCCAGAGACAGGAGCUUCGUGAUCUGGGGUUCCUUAAUGGACUGUGGGGGAGACCAAUCCAAGUGUCUCUGCUGUGGACGAUGGAGAGGGAGAAUGAGAGAAACUAUCUCUGGCAUUCCCACAUCUCAGCUCAGUGUGAGAGCAGGAGCUGUUUCCUGUCCUCCUCUGACCUGAAGAGAGAGCUACUUUGAAGCCUCAAGAUCAACACCCAGCUCAUGGAUGAUCAUAACUUGACUUAAUUUCAUUUUUGGCACAAUCAUCUCUAGAACUGUAGCUUGAUUCUAAAGACACUUUAAUAAUAAAGUAUUGCCUUUUCAGUA